AUGAUGGAAAUGCAACUCUUUACGCCAGAUGGGAAAAUGAGGUUUACUAACGUUGAAGAUGAGUACGAGAGGAAUAAAGACUUGCACGUAGAAGACGUGAGAUCUCUUCAGGGGUGGGUCGAGAAGCAGCAGCACCUUCCGCCCGUGUCCGAUCUACAGUUUGCCAUUUUCCUCCAUAGCUGCCAUUGGAGCAUGGAGCAGGCGAAGACCACGAUUGACAAGUUCCUGACCUACAGGGGCGCGUGGCCCGAUUUCUUUGCGGAGCGAAACCCAAACGAUCCAAAAGUCAGAGUCAACAUGGAUGUGGCACUGUGCUCUUUUUUACCAACUCGUACGGCGGAGAACUACAAAAUUCUGUACGCCAGAUUGAUGGACACGAACGUCGAUAAGUUUUCGUUGAGCGGUUUCCAAAAGGUCUUUGAUAUGUGCAUGAUGCUGGAGUUGAUGCAGAAAGGCACAUUUGAUGGUUUUGUCUUAAUCAGUGACUUAAGCAAUGCAAGCAUUGGGCACGCUUUGAAGGGCGACAUCUUGGUUUCCAGAAGGAUAUUGUUGUACUUACAGGAGGCGUUACCUGUCAGAUUAAAGGGUAUCCAUGUUAUUACAACGUCCGCAAUUAGAAAUCUGAUAGUGGCUCUCGUAAAGCCAUUCUUAAACAAAGAAGUGGCACGUUUGCUGCAUUUCCACGACUCCAUCGAAUCUUUGUGCAAGUUUGUACCACGAGAAUUACUGCCCGCCGAUCUCGGAGGAGAAGGGCCCACCACCAAGGAGCUGCACGAUGAUAUGCACGAGUCGUUCACUGAGUAUGCGGAUUUUUUCGUGGAACAGGAAAGUUUCGUUUCGAACGAAAGUCUGCGUGAUCUGCGACCGCCCUAUAUGGAUGAAGAUGUGGGAAUCGGUACGGGUGGAUCGUUCAAGAAGCUCGACCUAGAUUAGAAUGUUGAUUACGUUAG